GCACGCCCCUCGCCUCAGAGUUGACCGUCACUCGCUGCCUGUUGGUCCCUGUUCCCGGUGGCCCUGAGGGAGUGCGGGCCGGGGGCGGCCCCCAAGAGUAGGAGGCGGAGAGGCAGCAGGUCUGCGGGCCUAAGUGUCGCGGCGGCGCACUCGUGGCGAGCAUCGGGAGAAGCAGGAGACAGCAAGGAUAGGCCCAGGAGCGAUGGCGUCCAAAGAGGAACAGAUGCUGAAAAAUAUUAACAUGGAAAACACCAAUGAGGAAAAUGAAAAAACAGAUGAAAAGGAACAAGAUGCUAAUAAAGGAGAGCCAUUGGCCCUCCCUUUGAAAGCUGGUGAAUAUCGUGUACCUAGAGGAAAUCGUAGGCGGUUCCGUGUUAGGCAGCCCAUCCUGCAGUAUAGAUGGGACAUGACUCAGAGGGUUGGAGAGCCACAGGCAAGGAUGAGAGAAGAGAAUAUGGAGAGGAUUGGGGAGGAGGUGAGACAGCUGAUGGAAAAGCUGAGGGAAAAGCAGUUGAGUCAUAGUCUGAGGGCAGUUAGCACUGAUCCCCCUCACCAUGACCAUCAUGAUGAGUUUUGCCUUAUGCCUUGAAUCCUGAUGUUUUCCCUGAAGUUGAUAGGGAAACACACCUGCUUCCUAAACUUACAUGUUCGUGAUGUAUCUUUGUUGUAAGCCUUUUGAUGUUACUUGUUUCUUGUGGGUCUCCUCUUACCAGCUUCUAAUUGUUGUUUUUGACCCAAUCCAUAAAUUUCUGUCAGCAGGAGAGUUUUAUCUAUUGCAUGAAGAGAUGUUCAUUAUAUAUUGUGAUGUUAAUAAAACAGUUUAAAAAAGCA